UUGGUUUUGGAAACCCAACAAGAACAACAUGGAGAGGACGAACUUUGUCCAGAAAAUUUCGUGUAAAUCCAUGGUUCAGCCCAUCGUCUGGCAUAAUAGAGAUAUUAUAUGAGCCAGUCCCGUGGAGAUCUGGGUUAGAAAUCCUUCGGAUGAAACCGCCAAAACCCGAGGUCCCGUGUCACAGCAGGUGUGGCACGAUAGGGAUCCCUCCCUGCUCAAAGGCCGUAAGCGCCGAGCAGAGGCCUAAAUUUUGCAGUCCUUCACCGGCAAUGUUGGAUUUCAAAGUAUGUCUACUGCUAGCGCUGUCAAUCCCAUUCGCUCGGACGAAAGACAACUGCACACUCAAUACUACCAUUUGCCUGUGGAAGGAGUCUACAUUGCAAGUGGAUUGUUCUUUUCGAAAUCUGCAAGUUCCUCCUUGUUUCCUUGAAAAAUCAAACAUAACUCACUUAAACCUAGCACAUAAUAGGUUUGAUCACGUCCCAGAUAAUUUACCACAGAAUUUGACAUGGCUAGAUUUGUCAUUCAACAAAUUACAUCAAUUGAUAAAUCUAAAUAAAUAUACAAAACUGAAUCAUCUCAAUAUAGACAAAACUCAAAUAAAUGUCUCUUUCCUGUCUAAUAUGACAGGCAUGUCAAAUGUAAGAUAUUUGUCUCUGAAACAUAAUAAUUGUACACAAAAAGAUUAUCCUCAUGGUAUUUUUGACGGCUUCAUGUCAUUAUUCCAUCUUCGAAUAGAUGGUUGUGAAAACGGAAAUUUCGGAGACAUGUUUUCAUAUCAGAAAGUCGAAACAUUAAAAAUCUUGGAUGUAUCUGGAUCAGAUGGUGUGUGUCGUGUCAAAUCCCUAACAUCGCACGUGUUUGAUAAAUUCAACCUAACUCAUUUGGAUUUAUCCUUGUGUGAUAUUACAAAUAUCGAAAUUGGGUCACUGGCAUCUCAGACACACUUGCAGUAUUUGAACAUGUCGUACAAUAGUCGAUUAGGCUUCAGAGGGUUUGGAAAUAUUUCGUACGACCUCCAGGAUAGUACCAUAAAAGUUCUAAGACUUGUGAAAAUACAUUGUACAUUUGGAUUAGGAACGAUCCUAUUACGCAAUCAUACGAAAUAUCUUAACAAGACAUCGCUGGAAGAACUAUACUUGGACAGUAACAGGCUGGAGAUGAUCGAAACAGGAUUGAUUACCUACAAUCUACCAAAGUCUCUUAAAUAUUUGUCUGUAGGCGACAAUAAGAUGGAUAAUGGAAUGUACGUAUUAGAAACACGUUCUUUACACAACCUGCAGACUCUUAACGUUAGUUUCCAAAUACAUUCUCAUAAUGAUUACUUCGAUGGUUGCAGCGACUAUACUGAAUCGUGUCACAACCGUCCAGAGGUUACAGCUCCAACCGAAAGUAUUGUUAAAGAAAUGGAAUCUGAUGGCGUGUUAAAACUUCGAAAGCCACCAAUAUUCACGUUUUACCUGCCAAAAAAUAUGCACACACUCUAUGCCAACGACAUGAAAUUAACGUACCCUGUUUAUGAACUACACUUUGGACAUUGUAAUCUGAAGCAUAUUCACUUUCAGAACAAUUUUAUUUUUAAGUUCAAUGGUCCGGUUUUUGGAUUCCAUAACAUUACAUAUAUUGAUGCCUCAAACAACUUUUGCGCUGAUAUUUCAACUCAAGCAUUUCAUGGCCUUCCAAGAUUAGAAAUAUUAAACUUUUCUCAAAAUCUUUUAGGUCAUAGUUUCGAAAGAGACAGUAAUGGGGAAAUCCUAAGGAAAAACGGAAAUCUAACUGUCUUAAAUUUACAUGAUAAUAAAAUCACUUUCUUGCCUCGAAGAGUUUUCAGAAACAACCUCAGAAUAAAACUUCUGAAUAUUUCGUACAAUAGAAUGGAGAAAUGGACAGUUGAUAUCAGCCAUAUGUAUCUGCUGGAACAUCUUGACAUGUCUUACAAUCUUUUAACAGAACUUGAUGAACAGGCCAUUAAUUUAUUACCACUACAUGAAACGUUCACAAUUAACUUUCUAGGAAAUCCGUUAUCGUGUUCUUGUGAGAACACAUUCUUUUUUGAAUGGAUGAGCCGAUACCAUCACUCAAGGUUUACGCAUUUGGAAAACAUAACAUGUGCAUACAAGAAUGGGUCCCUUUUAUCGCUUCAAGACUUGUCAAAUAUUGUACAAAUUUUGCAGAAGGAUUGCUCCUCAUACAGUUUACUGAUAAUCGUGACGUCUUCCGUUAUAUGCCUUAUUUUCAGCUUGAUAGUUUAUCGAAUCAUCUAUCGUUACCGAUGGAAAAUCCUCUACAUUUACUAUCUCACUAAACGUGUUCUGUUUCCAGAAUUAGAGAAAACUAAGAAAAGGGUUAAUUAUGAAUAUGACGCGUUUAUUUCAUACGCGGAGGAGGACAGAAGCUUUGUGUUAAAUGAGAUUCAGAGAAGGAUGGAGAACUAUGAACUAAAAGUCUGCAUUCAUGACAGGGAUUUCCUUCCAGGAAUAGAUAUUGCUGAAAAUAUAACAAACGCUAUACAUAACAGCAGACGAAUUGUUUUUGUAAUGACGUCACACUUUUUGAAAUCACAUUGGUGUAUGUUUGAAUUCAAUAUGGCGCGAAUGGAAAGUAUUUACUCCCGUCGGGGAGAAAAUAUUCUUUUGUUAAUUCUGUUGGAAAAAAAUAUUGUCCGGGAAAUGCCGAUGUCUCUUCUGCACGUUAUUGAAAACGAGUCGUACCUAGAGUUCCCGGAUGAGGGGAUUUCCCAGUGUAUGGAAAUAUUUCGGAAAAAUCUAAAAGACGCUAUCAAAAGAAACUAGUUAGAACAAUAUUCUAUCAAUUAUAGAAAUGUAAUAGUGAGAAAGAGAGAAAGCGUGCGUGUGUGUGUCAUUGUUUUGAAUUUGUUAUCGAUGUAACUUUUAUAAAGUCAUUGUUUUUCACCCUUUGCCAAAGAAGGGUUUUGCUUUUAUUACGAAAUAUCACCAGCUGUGUCCCUAUUAAAGACAAUUUAAAAUUUAAAAUUUAUUCCUUUUAAAGAAUUUAUCGAUAUGCAAACUCUUAUUAUUUUAUUCACAAACUGCACUUAUAUGUAAAGUUUCUAAAUAAAAUGUCCAGAGUUUUCACAUCGAUACAUUCUUCAAAAAGAAUGUUAAAUCCUUAUAAUUCCAUUUUCGUCUCGGAGGGCUCUUAUUUUUAAACUUAAAAUGCGUAGGAAUACAUCAUCUCAAAAAAUAAUCCGUGAUAGCAAAAACGUUUCUGAAAUUUAAUAAGCAAACAUUAAUACAUGUAUUAACAUAUUCAGAUUUAGCCGUACGAUUUGAAUAAUAAAUAAUUGAUAACAAAACAAGUUAGGUGCAAUGAUGACUUUCACAUUAGAUAAUCUAGUUAUAGUGAAAGUGCAGACUUAGAAAACUGAACGAGCCCUGAAUCCCGUCAAGUUGCUAUACUCACGUCUAAUGUUAGAAGAAUAAGGUUGCUAAUUGACUGCAUAUUGGAUGCAGUGUAUUUGUUAUUGUUGGGUGUUGAGACGGCGAGGUCGUAGUGGUAGAUCCCAUCAGAACUAAAGCCAAGGUAAACAAAGUUAAUCGAAGUGUAAGCUCUUGCUAGCUUAUUAACCAAUGAGAAGGCUAGCUUAUUAACCAAUGAGAAGGCUAGCUUAUUAACCAAUGAGAAGGCUAGCUUAUUAACCAAUGAGAACGCUUGAUUAUUGAAUAUGUGUAUUAGAUAGGAUUUUUGAUAUGCUGAAGAACAUUUGGAACAAUAUCAAGAACGAAACUGAGUUUCAAAUUAUUUAUGCAAUUUAUCUGAUACCACUUAAAGCUUACCCAUUGAGAGAGGGUUUCUGUAGAAAUGUUUCAUUGAAAAAAAUCUUACAUUGCAAAAUUUUGAGUAUUGUAAUAUUCAUUUGCUUAUUGAAUCAAAUUGUGCAUUGACUUCGUCCCCAUGUUUACUUUAUGUAUAUGUAUUACGUUAGUUUUGACAACUUUCGUUUGUUAUCUUUCAGGAAAUUCUUAAUAAGUUUAAAGGAGGUACCAAGUACUUAUAUACUAAUUAAAUAAAUCGAUGUUUUAACUUUAUAUCUCAUGUACUUACAUCCUAAUUAAAUAAAUCGAUGUUUUAACAUUAUAUCUCAUAUACUUAUAUAUUAAUUAAAUAAAUCGAUGUUUUAACAUUA